UCCAGAGGAUGGGGCGCUUUCACCGCAUCUUAGAGCCGGGACUGAACUUCCUCAUUCCCAUACUUGACCAAGUUCGUUAUGUGCAAAGCCUUAAAGAGAUUGUUAUUGACAUUCCUGAACAGUCAGCUGUGUCCCAAGAUAACGUGACUCUGCAAAUUGACGGAGUCCUUUAUUUGAGAAUUUUAGAUCCUUUUAAGGCCAGUUAUGGUGUAGAGGAUCCAGAAUAUGCUGUGACUCAGCUCGCGCAAACUACAAUGCGAUCAGAACUGGGCAAACUCACGCUGGAUAAAGUAUUCCGGGAAAGGGAGUCUCUUAAUUCCAACAUGGUCCACUCCAUCAACCAGGCAUCAGACGACUGGGGAAUCCGCUGCCUGCGGUAUGAAAUCAAAGAUAUACAAGUUCCUCCUCGUGUUAAAGACUCAAUGCAGAUGCAGGUGGAGGCUGAGCGCAAGAAGAGAGCCACAGUGCUGGAGUCCGAGGGGACACGAGAAGCAGACAUCAACAUCGCAGAGGGUCGCAAACGGGCCCAAAUCCUCGCCUCAGAGGGACAGAAGGCCGAGCAGAUAAACAAAGCAGCCGGUGAGGCCCAAGCUGUGUUAGCCAAAGCAGAAGCCAAAUCCAAGGCCAUUCGUCUGCUGUCAGAUGCUCUGGCGGAACAGAACGGGAAUGCCGCGGCCUCGCUGAGUGUAGCCGAACAGUACGUCUCCGCUUUCUCCAACCUCGCCAAAGAGUCCAACACGGUGCUCCUGCCCUCUAACACCGGGGACGUCAGUGGAAUGGUCACACAGGCCAUGACUAUUUACAGCAGGCUGGCCAAACCGAGGCCACGACUUGAGAGCAUGAAGACGGAUGAACCCAUUGAAGAGCCUCCAGUCCAGCCAACGUCAGCUCAGUAGCUGUGGACGCCGUUAAUGCUCUAAACUGUCGCUGACACAAAAGAGGAAGAGGUUUUACCACAACUAUGGAGCACAAUGGCACCGCUGUGUGGACUCGGUGUCUGGUGCAAAGGGCACAGGAUGUCGUGACGGAGGAACGCCGCUGGAUCAACGGAGACGAUGCUGAGCGAGGAAGAAGAAAAGAGAAACUGAGCCACGAAUGAUAACUCUUGUGUUGGUGCUGCUUUAAAUGGACGUUUGCUGGCUGUUAUAUCAUGUCGAAAAUUAAAUAUAUUUUCGAAAAAGAAGUUUAUUUUGAUGUUUUUUUAUUUUCUAUAUUGCAUAUAAAACCCUUUGAAGUCAAGAAAGUUGUUGGAAGAUGCAGUGUAAAAUAAUUCCUUAUAAAUACAUUUUUUUUUAUGUUUAGUUGAUGACUGGAGAAAAGGGAAAUGUGGGCACCAAGAAAAAUAAAAAAAACAAUGCAAAACAAAGAUUUGUCUUUGUUUCU